CUACGGCCGCGCUAGAGGGUGCCACCCUGACAAGCUAGAGAUUCCUUGAGCCUUCCGCCGUCAUUGCACCACCCCACGGAAACACCUUCACUGCUCCUGCGCCGCCCCACUUGCGCGUACUGCAACACUGCCGAUUCGCCCGCAACCAAACCCGACAACAGUUCCUGGGUUGGCGUCUGGCGCAACAUCGCGACGCCCACAACGGCACUGCCUCUGUCGCAACAGCAAGGCUCGACAUAGUCGCUCAGGCGCAAGACCCACCCACACGAGCUCCACGGCUGGUCAUACGCUCGCCGACUACACUUCUCGAGUCAAAUCACCGCAGUCACCAUGCCGCCCCAGAUCAAGACCGAUCUGAACCGCAGCGGGUGGGAGACGACCGACUUCCCGUCUGUCUGCGAGAAAUGUCUGCCCGACAACCCGUACGUGCAGAUGCUGAAGGAGGACCAUGGCGCUGAAUGCAAGAUCUGCACGCGACCCUUCACAAUCUUCCGCUGGAAAGCCGACCGCACAGCGCGACAGAAGCGCACCAACAUCUGCCUGACAUGUGCGCGUCUGAAGAACUGCUGUCAGUGCUGCAUGCUGGAUCUUUCAUUCGGGCUGCCCCUCGUCGUCCGUGAUGCAGCGCUCAAGAUGGUGGCGCCUGGGCCGCAGAGCGACAUCAACCGACAAUACUAUGCGCAAGAGCACGAGAGAGAGAUUGAAGAGGGAAGAGGAGCCAUGGAGGCAUACGAGAAGACAGAUGAGAAAGCGCGCGACCUGCUGAGGCGACUGGCGCAAAGCGAACCCUACCACAAGAAGCAGCGACGUCUGGAAGCAGACGCCGAAGAAGGCGGGCAAAAGGCGCUUCCAGCACCGGGCACAGGCGGAGGUUCUGCAUAUGGGCAUACAGGAGGUCCAAUCAGGACACGCGAUUCGAGAGGCGGCGCCAGCGCUGCGCGAGGAAGCAUGCGGCCUGCAAGAGGCGGGCGCGCUGGAGGAUUUUCAGCACAGCCCAACCCGCAGGAUUGGCUGCCACCAUCAGACCCGAAUGUUGCGUCUCUUUUCGUUACCGGUGUCGAGGACGAUCUGCCUGAACACGAGCUUCGGACCCACUUUGCACAGUACGGCCAGCUGCGAUCGCUCGUGUGCUCCCAUCGAGCUCAUUGCGCGUACGUCAACUAUGUGAAAAGGAAGGAUGCAGAGACUGCGGCGGAGACAUUGAAGGGCAAGGUGGUCAUCAAAGGAUGUCCCAUGCGGGUUUCUUGGGGCAAGCCGAAACAACUGGACAGUUUGGACCAAAACAUUAGGAUGCAGUAUGCGAAGGAGGGCAGACAAGCAGCUGGUCCAGCGCGACGAGCAGCGGCGCAGGCUGCACUCGAAGCACCCAAGCAGAACGACCUGGACAGCCUGGCUCUCGCGCCUCCACCAUCAGAUGAUGCUGAAGCCAGCUAUCCCAGUCUGGCAGGCAACUAGGGUGUAUCAUUAUACAGCAUUGGAUCGGCGUUAUGGACAGCAUGGGUAUCACAUUGCGAGCUGAAGAAAAGUUUAAGCGGAGCAGCACUUUGUUCCCCCUAAUGUACUCUUGCCCUUGUUUUUCUUGAUGUCCUCGUUGUCUCCGCGCUCG